UCUAAUAAAAUCGAUCCAAAUUGACACAACAAAAACAAAACAGGCGAAAUUUUUAAGAAAAGAAAGAAAGGAAAUGGGGUGUUUGGGUUGCUUCGGUGGAGGAGAAGCCAAAAGAGAAAGAUUAGAACAAGAACGAAGGGCUUCUUUAGAAGCUCGAGCCAAAGCUGCUGAAGCCGCUGAAAAAAGGCAAGAACAAUUUGCACAAUCAGCUGCAGGUAGAGCUGCAAAAGCUCAGAUGCAAGCAGCUGCAAAACAGGCUGCACACACCAACAGAGGUGAACCAACCCUUAAGUGGCAGAUGGGAUGACGUCUAGUUUUGGUGACCAUAACAUCCGCCAUCAAGUAUAUUCUGUUUGUAGUACAUCAUCAUCAUAAAGAAGUGGGACGAUAUAUAUAUUGAAGAGCAGCUGUUUAUUUGUGAAGGUUGUCACUGAAAUAGUUAUAGGGAUAAUGACAUAAGAAUGUAACCACCUAUGACAAAAUGGUUAUUUAAUGUAGUGAUCUACUCGGGUGGCUAUGUAAUGUAUGCACCUAUGUUUUUUGGGCUAUACUAUGUAAAAUAUGUACGGACCUUACAUAG